UGUAUUUGAAAGUGUUAAUGCCCCUGAUGCCGUUAAUUUAUUCAGCAAAGUUAUUUACUAAACAUUGUGUUUUUACAGCGGCUUGGACGUCAUUACGUGGAGAUACCUUUACGCGUUACUGUUUUUUUUUUCGUUUUAAUGUUUUAUUAAUCGCGUUUUCAAAUAUUUUCUAAAGGAUAUCAGAUAUUUAUUCAAAACAACGUUUUCGAACUUCUUUUAAUGUUUGUGGUUUUUACUCGUUAAUAAAAAGUGCUGAAUCGUGUAUAAUACAUUUUGAACGCGUUUAUUCAUUGUUGUUGUUAUUAAAAAAAAACAUAUGUUAAAGCUAUUUGUCACCAGCCAUCACUUUGUUUCACCAACAAUUUCUUAAAAUGAGCAUUCAGGAUGAAAGUUUUCCCCACGACGAACUCUUCGAGGUGGACCUCUCACCGACCCCACUUAAUAGAUUUCAGUUUCCACACCGCUUGCGUGAACGACAACAACAAAAACUGUACAGCGGUGAAGUCCCCAAAAGUCCACUUACUAUGAUGCACAAUCUCAACAUAUCCAGCUCAUCCGCCGACCAAACAAUCUCCUCUGCAGAAUCUGCUACAGAGCAACCAGGUAACGCUGCGAUGCAAAAUAAUAAUCGCAUGAUCAAGAGCGAUCAAACGGGCCUCGCUAACACGGGUGAAAGGCGCGUUCAACUGCUUGGAGGCGAUCGUAAAUCGCAAUCAUACCAGGAAAUCCAUUCGGAAUACACGAAGCGGCGCUACAAGCAUGUCGAGAGCAAAGUCGGACAAUAUAUCGCAAAUAUACGUAACGAGGAUGAACGGCGCCGUAAAUUGUCGCGCUUCCAAAGACACCGCUCCAUGCCCGUGGAACUGGUACACGAUCCGCAGGCAUUGAAGAGGCUACAGCUGCAGCGUGGCGUAACAAAUAUAGCGGACAAUUUGAGCCAAGCGCUGGUGCGCGUCAUUGAUGGUGUUGAAAACGAAGACGACGAAACUGAGCAGGAAGCGAGCGCAGACUUGUCCGUUAGCAAUUUAACGGCGCUUACAUCGGCGACUAUGUCCACCCAGAGCGGCAGUGGCGGCGCUGCUGACGAUGAUGAAGACGACGAUGACUCAGAGAAUAACCAUAGACGUCAGACGGACGAGAGUGGGGAGAGCCGUUUAUGCGACACUCAUAAAGUUGGUGUAGUUAAUAAAGCUACUUAUGCGCUAUUGCUGGACGAACGCGAUCGUUUGCAAUCGUACAAUGACUACCAGCAGUUGAAGCUGGAUGAGAAGCAGAGCGAAAUUACGCGUCUGAGACAAAAUGUGGAUUUCUUGCGUGUACGGCUGAGUACCGCCGAGGAUCAGCUGAAGCGAAAUGUUAGUGGUCGUUAUACAAUGAACGGCAUGACAAGUGGUUCGUUUGGUUACAGUCAGCCGAGUACUAGUGGUAUGUCUUAUUGGGGCACAGGACGACAAUCAUUGCAGGGUUUGCUUUACUGUGCCGCAAAAACUACGAAGGCGACACAGACAGAAUUCGAGUACCACUCUCCACCACCUCCACCGCCCCCAUCACCAUCACCGCUACAUGUCGGCCUACCACAUAAUGAAUUGCAAUCAUUUGUGACACCUGACACGCCGGAUGCCAAUAAUAACCACUGUGUGGAGGGUACAUUAGAGGGGUGUGAACGAAACGUAAAAAGCGUGGCGGCCAUACAACCGAUGUCAUUGAAUUUCAGUAACUACACGGUUGCGGAGAGCGCAGAACUGCGUUCGGCCACAGAUAAUGUCACAUUGCGCAAACGCAGCAACUCUAUUAAGUUUCGGCAAACGGCAGUUGAAAGGGUUGCGACACACCACAGCGAUAAGUCACAACACAAUUCGCGCACAAGCCAGCCGAGCAGCUCCGAUUCGGCUAUUGAUGUCGAAGUGAUUGAGCUGUAUUCGUCACCGAAACCAGCACGUCGUAAGCGCUACAUGGUCGAACUCAGUGAAGACGUGACGUUUGCGCCGAAUGUUCGUAGUUUACAUUAUGAUCGUGAUCAGCGAACUCCUUCACCGUCGGGCUUGUAUAUCACACAUUGUCCCAAUAGUACCCCAAUGGAUAUUUCAACAGUUGUAGACAAUACGCAAGGUGCGCGCAGGUCGACGCUUAAGAAGUGUGGUGGCGCGAGUGACAGGUCUAUAUCACGACGCUGGUUACGUUUGUUUGCCAGUUGCAUACGUUGCAGGAAUCCUCGGCAGACCGACCGUGAGCAGUUCGCUCUUCAACAGACUUAUACACAAAUUCCGUUGCUGGAAACUACUUUCGAUAAAAGCGCCAUACCGUUGGCUUCGAAUUAAAGCGAUGUCAUUUAUUGAGUUUAAAGUUUUUUUAAUUUUUAAUUUUAUUUAGUUUUGUUAUGUUCGAUAACCGUGCUUGAAUUGAAGUUUUCGUUUAUUUUCGAUAUUAACUUUAUAUAUUUAUGUAGUAUUUAGUUAUUGUUUAAGUUUCGUUUAAUAGUUGCUCUUCUUUACUCUACUUGUUCUAAUACCAUUAACUUAUCGCUCCAAUUAAUAAAAAUCUUAAUCGAAAGGUAGGAAUUCCAUCCUUACCAAUGUCCGAUUUUUCUCUUGCUGUUAUGUGAAGACAGCGCUCUACAUACUAUUAAAUAAAAAAUAUAGUUGCUAUAAUAACAAUCUACCAAAAUUGUCUAUAAUAAA